AUGACUCACGCCGCUCAAAUGCAUCAGCCCGCUGAGAACAUGCAGUCCAUGUUUCCAGCGGACUCUGGUGGGAUAGAUAACAUGGCCAGUGAGACUCAUGUCGACUCUUACCGGUCGCUGGAUCCCGCUCGUGCCUCACUUGAGGAUUACAACCGGUCUAUGCUGCAAUAUACUCAGCGUCAAAUGUCUUCCUUUGUUGACACGGAUGACUCUCACCGUGGCAACGGCUCGAGCAGUCGCAGCAGCCAAAGCAGUGGCCAAAGUGGUCGCAGCAGUGCCUCGAGUGGCAGCAAUAGCAGCAGUCAAUCUCACGGACCUCCCACCUCUGUCAACAAUGCAGCUCACCUUGCCGGCGCCAAGGUCAGUUCUCGUGACAUGGCCGGGACUAAUACCGUCAGGUACUAA